AGCGAUUGGUGUAUUGGUAUCGUUCACUAUCAUGGCUGCCUGAUACUGUGACGGUGCUACAAUCUGUGAAGAAAUACAACAUUUACAGAGUAUAUCCUGCAGAAAAAGGGGGUUUUAAUCAAGAAUUAGGGUCUCUUCUGCCUGUGUAGUUCACGAUGGCGGGUAGCAGCACUGCUCAAAAGACAUGGGAGCUGUCUAACAGCAUGUCGGAGGUUCAGAGCAUUGACGAAAUCUACAAAUAUGACAAAAAACAACAACAGGAAAUCCUUGCUGCAAAGCCCUGGACUAAAGAUCACCACUACUUUAAGUACUGCAAGGUGUCGGCGCUGGCCCUGCUGAAGAUGGUGAUGCAUGCCCGGUCGGGGGGGAACCUGGAGGUGAUGGGCCUGAUGCUGGGGAAGGUGGACGGGGAGACCAUGAUGAUCAUGGACAGCUUCGCCCUGCCUGUGGAGGGGACAGAGACACGGGUCAACGCUCAGGCUGCGGCGUACGAGUACAUGGCUGCGUACAUUGAGAACGCUAAACAGGUGGGCCGUCUGGAGAACGCCAUCGGCUGGUACCACAGUCACCCCGGCUACGGCUGCUGGCUCUCAGGGAUCGAUGUCAGCACUCAGAUGCUCAACCAGCAGUUCCAGGAGCCGUUUGUGGCCGUCGUGAUCGACCCCACUCGCACCAUCUCUGCAGGGAAGGUGAACCUGGGUGCCUUCAGGACCUACCCCAAGGGGUACAAACCCCCGGAUGAGGGACCCUCGGAGUACCAAACCAUCCCUCUUAAUAAGAUUGAAGACUUUGGUGUUCACUGUAAACAGUAUUACGCUCUGGAGGUCACCUACUUUAAGUCGUCUCUGGACAGGAAGCUGCUGGAGCUGCUGUGGAAUAAGUACUGGGUGAACACGCUGAGCUCCUCCAGCCUGCUGACCAACUCGGACUACACGACGGGCCAGGUGUUCGACCUGUCGGAGAAGCUGGAGCAGUCGGAGGCUCAGCUGGGCAGAGGCAGCUUCAUGCUGGGACUCGAUACUCACGACAGGAAGUCCGAGGACAAGCUGGCCAAAGCCACGCGGGACAGCUGCAAGACGACGAUCGAGGCGAUCCACGGCCUGAUGUCUCAAGUGAUCAAAGACAAACUCUUCAACCAGAUCAACACGUCUGCGAACUGAGACCUGGACCAGCAGCUGGACCUCCUCUGAAGACCAAGACCAGCAGCUGGACCUCCUGUGAAGACCUGGACCAGCAGCUGGACCUCCUCUGCAGACCUGGUUCCUGUGCUUGUUCAGCUCUCUGUAUGUCUCUGCCCGGGUAGGAUUAUCUGUGAUUUGUAUUCAACGAUAGGAUUAGGAUUGUUUGGACUGAAAACUCAUAAAAAAUAAAAACCGUAAAAAGUGAAA